CACACUCAAAUCUGGUCCAGAGAUUGCUGUAGAGCUCCAAGACAGAACUGGACCGCGAUAGCGAUACAAAAUAUACAUUCAAAAUAGUUGAAUGGCUAUGUUGCUUAUAGUUUUGGAGGUUUUCACGCGGACCGGAGGACUAAUUAAUUAUAUAGAUGUAAUGAGUAGCCAGAGUUAUCAAAUUGUUAUUAAUUAGAUGAAUUGAAGACUGAGCCUUUGUUAAUAUGGAAAUGGAUAGCAGAAAACUCCAAGUUAUCUCCCAUCAGCGUCCUUGCAUAGACCAACAUUCUCUACCUAUAUGAGAGCUAAUCCGUUCAGCAAGGUCAAAGCGAUCUAUCUGAUGGAUCACCAAAGAAGACUUGCAGAUCUGGGUGACCGCCCUUACAAAAGAAAAAUCUACCCAGAAUUACCUCCGCAUUAUCCCGGAACCUGGUGCGUUUACAGCUGGCCAGAGAUCGAGACUGUUGUCGAUCGUCUGUACACCAUCCCUCGCCACUGGAAAGUCCCCAAACCACAGCAGGUGCGAAACGCAGUUAAAUCUUCGACUUCCUUCGAUUCUAAACGAGAUCCCCGCAGUCGAAUCUCGCCAGAUUUUCGAACGAAACAUUCCAUUUCUCCCAGACCUUCUGACUCAAUCUCCAGUUUAGCCACACUCUCCAGCGUCCGAAGUUCGGCCACAUACUCCGUCGUCCGAAGUUCGGCCACAUAUCCAAACGUCAGAAUGUCCAAGCCGAACCAACAGCGCUCAAGCGUGACGCCAAGAAGAGCCCGAAAGUUAUCUACUGGAACAAAAGAAAGUGAGAAAGAUGUAGACAAUGAAGAUAAUGUCUCAAUAACGUCCAAAACUUAUGACUUAUUGCAGACGAUCUCUUCGACCGAUGGUAAAAUCCAACCAGUUUUUUCAAACUGGUACAGGAACAAGUCCGCAAGCGUCAGAACUAGGUCAAACACCCGUGGCGUCAGAGUGGUUAGUACGCCAGCCUUAAUGGACGGAAGUGGCCAAGAAGUUCAUGUGUUGAAAUCAACUAGCCCUAAAAAUAGCCUAACCUUUUCUGAUGAUUGCCAAGAGGUAGAGGACACUUCAUGUCUUACAGAAACAUCCAGUGAAACUAAAAAUAACCAAGAUUUAUUCACAAGUUAAUUUUCUAUAUUCUAUACAAUUAGUUUGAAAUAUUUUAUUGGCCUUGACAUCCUUUUUAGACAACUCCGACGACAAAUGUUCAAUUCUUAAAAAUGACAAAAACGCUUUAUUAAAGCUAAAUUUUGUCAACUAAAUAAUACCAAUUACUAUGUGCUGCAAGCAAAAGAGCUCUAAAUUUUAUAUUAACAGCGCUAAAAAGUGUAUACAUUUGAUCGUAUCUCUCAAUUUCAUAGCUAAUCACCAUUCCUAUGUUCUCUACCCCGGAUACACCAGAUAGCUAGCUAUUUAUGGUUAGACUUUUUUAUCAGAGUCACUAUAUAAAAUCUUUGAUCUUCCAUAGAAGCUAUGUCCAGAUAUCACCAUUUUCAAUAUUAAAAUUACAUAAAGAAAAUGUUUUGAAAUUAAUUAAAAUGCCAAAUGAAUGUAUUGAGCUUGUACAUUUGAGAACCUUGUUGCUAAUGAAAACAUUGAGCUUGUACAUUUGAGAACCUUGUUGCUAAUGAAAACAAAUGUUACGUUUUCACACAUUGUUUCGGUGUUGUUUUACAUCCUAUAAAAUGAAUAAUAUAUGAGGAGUAGACCACGUCUCCUGGCAGACCCAGCCGAGACCUACAUAGUUUGCCAUAACUAGUGCACAUAAAAGGAGGCGCCGUGCCUGAGCGGUAAAGCGCUUGGCUUCUGAACUGGGGGUCCCGGGUUAGAAUCCUGGUGAAGAUUGAGAUUUUUAAUUUCGGGAUCUUUGGGCGCCUCUGAGUCCACCCAGCUCUAAUGGGUACCUGACAUUAGUUGGGAAAAAGUAAAGGCGGUUGGUCGUUUUGCUGGCCACAUGACACCCUCGUUAACCGUAGGCCACAGAAACAGAUGCCCUUUAGAUCAUCUGCCCUAUAGACCACAAGGUCUGAAAGAGGAGCUUUAUUUUUUUUAGUGCACACAAAACCGUUGUUGUUCGUCGAGGGACUUUUUUUUUUUCGUAUUUUGCGCCUGGCAGACAUCAUUUCGAUUAAGUCCCUUUUUUUAUUGGGCCCCAAAUGUGUGUCCCGCGACUGUAGUUAGAGCACUCCAGCUGACUUCAUGAGAGGUCGUUUGCUGUCAUUUGUUUACCCUCUAUGCCAGUAAGGGCCAGGUGGCUCGGAUAAAACGAAAGUAUAAUCACCAUGGAUCAAUUUUGGGAUUUAAAAAUUAUACUUUUUAGCUGCAAAAAUCUUUGAAUUCUCGUUCAAGAAUUUGUCUUAUCUUAUAAACAGACGUCCCUGUCAGCUCAAGCUACGGCAAGAUGUAAAACUCAUACUCUGGAUGUCUUGCUGGAAAGGUUCAGUAGUUAAUGUGUUAACUGUGUAGUACUAUCCUAAGUUGCAAUUAGUUGGAGUUUAGUCCUCUGGAACAGAGACUUUUAAUGUAAGCCUCGCACGGAAACAAUAUCGAAUGGUAUGAACCCGGACAUUUUUAAAUGGAUUGCGUUUUCUUUUAAAAUAGAAACCAAGUGAUAAAAGCAAUACUGUUAGAAAAAUAAAAUUUUAUAAAGAUCUUAUAUUAUGCAUGUAUCUUGAACUAUUUUAGAAAUGUUCAGUCCUCAUCAGUAUACUAUAGACCAUGGUGCAGAGCAAUGCAUCAAAUAUCUUGCGAAAUGUACAAAAUAUAUUUUAUUGUUUCUUUUCUCUUUCUUUGUUUUGUUUAUUAAAUAAAAGUGCCAGUCAAUGACCUGUACAUAGAUCUUACAGCGCUUAUUUCAAGUCUUUCUGUUCCAAACCUAUAAUAUGUCGUAUCUCAGAGUCCUAUUCCCUAUUUUCGGAUCAAGUUGAAACUGCACAAUUAUUUAUUGUUGAUGAAA